AAAUAGAAACGUCCCCAAAGUCCAAACAAUCAUUUAUUUUCUUUCCGUGUUUGUUAUUUAUUCAACAGUUUCUUUAUUUUUUUUAUAAUGACGAUCACUCAGUUCAGUUCAGAAUUCAUAGGGAAGUUGCAACUAAGUCCAAGAAACUUGCAGGCUUCGUGAAGUGGACAAAACAAAGCCAGAUUCUAUACCUUUUUGUAUUUCACAUGCUAUUGUUCAUUUUAAAUUUUUGUGGACAGUAGCUUCAUAAAGGAGUUUGAAAGAUCAUUAUUUCAAACCCGAGUCACAGGUUGUCCUCAAAACUUCUCAUCCAGUUAGUUUCAGAGUUUCAAUCUAGAGUCACCAGAGAUAAACAGCAACAUGUGUAUUAUUAAUCAGGAAGCUAUCAAGCAGUUGCAGUCCCUUAUGGAAAACUUGGAUGAGCAACAGAAGAACACAUUCCAGAUUAUGCACCGGGGCUAUCCAACAGAAACAUUAGUACGGUUUCUCAAAGCAAGGGAUGGGAAUGUUGUCAAAGCACAUAAAAUGUUAAUUGAUUGUUUACAAUGGAGAGUGGAAAAUGAGAUUGAUAAUGUUUUAUCGAAGCCUAUACCCCCUGAUUUGUACAGACGUUUGCGAGAUUCUCAACUUGUAGGAAUGUCGGGUUUCUCAAAGGAGGGCCUACCUGUCAUUGCUGUUGGUGUUGGGCUCAGCACAUUUGAUGAAGUGUUUGACAAAUAUUAUGUACAGUCGCACAUCCAAAUGAACGAAUAUCGGGAUCGAGUGAUGUUGCCAACAGCUACAAAGAAUCAUGGACGACACAUUGACACUUGUGUGAAAGUCUUGGAUAUGACUGGUUUAAAACUCUCGGCACUGAGCCAGUUGAAGCUUUUGACAGCUAUAUCUACAAUAGAUGACUUGAACUAUCCAGAAAAGACAGACGCAUAUUACAUCGUUAAUGUUCCAUAUGUAUUCUCAGCGUGUUGGAAGGUUGUAAAGCCUCUUUUGCAAGAAAGAACAAGGAGGAAAGUUCACGUACUGAAAGGUUGUGGCAUGGAGGAAUUACUGAAGGUAAUGGACUAUGCAUCCCUCCCUCAUUUUUGCAGAAAGAAGGAUUCGAGGGUGCCCCGACAUCAUGUAGCUGGAAAUACUGAAAAUUGUUUCUCCUUUGAUCAUGUCUUCCAUAAACAAAUCUAUAAUUACAUCACGCAGCAAGCUAUAUUCAUAGAGUCCUUAUUACCAAUCAGACAGGAUUCUUUCCAUGUAGACUUGCCAGACCCAGACCCAGAUGAUGCCAAAAUUGCCAAGACUAUAGAAACUGAGUUCCACAAAAUUAUUAUUAUAGAUUAAAUAACAAAAUGAAAUAUGAUAAAAAAAAAAACUUGCGAGCAUUGGAUUAUGUCUGCAGUGCCCUGCAGUUACUUUCAAACUGCAGGGAAUUCUGGUCCUAUCGAGUUACUUGUUCUUUGCAGUUGUUAUAUUCAGUUAUUGGAUGCAAUGUAAUAUACAGUGAUUACAUCAAGUUGCCACAACCUUCUGGGUGAAUAACUUCUAAUCUAAUUUUUAUAACCCCUGGGACGAUGAGCAAGUAAAUUCGUUCAGUCUUGGAAGAAUGACAUCAAGUUACAGUUUUUUUUUCCGGACAAUUAAUGGUAUGGUAUUUAUACAAAAAUGUAGAACUACAGUGUUCAGAACCGUGUCUGCCAGACAGUAUUAUGCAUGGAACUAACAAUAGAACAGUUGGAGAAAAUA